AUGGCUCACGCAGCUCAAUACAUAAACUCCACCGAGGAACUCCAAACGCUCCUCUCCUCAACAACCUACGUCGCCGUCGACUUCUUCGCCGACUGGUGUCCUCCUUGCAAGACCAUCGCCCCCGUCUUUGAGAACCUAGCCUCCAAGCACAGCAAACCGGGCUACCUGGCCUUUGCCAAGGUCAAUGUAGACAAGGUGCAGGAGCUAGCGCAGAUCUACCGCAUCACCGCCAUGCCAACGUUUUUGUUCUUCAAGGACGGCAAGCAAGUUGCUGUCAAUGGACAGGCAAUGAUCCAGGGCGCUGACCCGAGGUCGUUGGGUGCCGCGGCAGAGAAGCUGGGCGGUCUGGCGGCUAAGAAGGCCGAGGAGGCGGCGCAGGAAUAG